GGGCCCGCCCCCGGGUAGAGAAGCCAAGUCCAGCCGUGUCUGGCUCAGUCGCCCGACCGCCUCUCCGCCCGCCCUGGCAGCCCAGCCAUGUCCUGCUACAUCUACCAGCUACCCUCUUGGGUGCUGGACGACUUGUGCCGCAACAUGGACACACUCAGCGAGUGGGACUGGAUGCAUUUCGCCUCCUUUGUGAUCACAGACCUGACCCAGCUGCGGAAGAUCAAGUCAAUGGAGCGGGUGCAGGGAGUGAGCAUCACCCGGGAGCUGCUGUGGUGGUGGGGGAUGCGGCAGGCCACUGUCCAGCAGUUGCUGGACCUCCUGUGCCACCUGGAGCUAUAUCGCGCAGCCCAGAUCAUCCUGAAUUGGAAACCGGUUCCUGAAAUAAAGUCUUCCAGCCCUGAUUUCCCAGAUGCCUUGAAACCAGCUUCUGUAAGAAACACCAACGAUGAACAGAGAAUGGGGCAGCCCGUGAGGCCCGCUGCCUCUCUGGGCCCAGGGCCAGUUCCAGCCAGAACCAACCUUCUGCCUCCUCCUGAAAAUGCCCCUCCUUCUUUAAAAACCAGCCUUCCUGUUUCAUCUGAUUCAAAGGAUUUCAGCACCUCCAUUCCUAAGCAGGAAACACUGCUAAGCCUGGCCGGAGAUAGGCUUUUCUGGAGUGAGGCAGAUGUGGUUCAGGCAACGGACAACUUCAACCAAACCCACAAAAUCAGUGAGGGGACCUUUGCUGACAUCUACAGAGGGCAAGGGCAGGGCACACCAAUCAUCAUCAAAAAGCUCAGAGAGAUGGCCUGUUCAGGUCCAAGAUCAAUCGAAAAAUUCUUCCAGGCAGAGAUACAAAUUUGUCAUAGAUGCUGCCACCCCAACGUCUUACCUCUGCUGGGCUUCUGCUCUGGAAAACAGUUCUACAGCUUGAUUCAUCCCUUCAUGGCAAAUGGUUCUUUACAAGACAGACUCUGGGAUCAGGUAAGGGGCUGGGUCAUGGUCAGAGAACAUGACCAGGCAGGAUUAGCCAAAGCAGUUAUUCGUUUAGCUUUGCUGAGGUCUCACUGUGUGCAAGACGCUAUGAUAAGGGCUUUACACAUGUCUCCUCCACAACCCAAGAGCUCCAAUGUUUUGCUAGACCAAAACUUCACCCCCAUGCUGGCCCAUCCAAUGGCUCACCUGUGUCCUCUCAAUAGAAGGUCAAAAUACACCAUGAUGAAGACCCACCUUUUCCAGGCCUCAGCUGCAUAUCUGCCAGAAGAUUUCAUCAGGGUGGGGCAGCUGACAAAGCGAGUGGACAUCUUCAGCUGUGGAAUAGUGUUAGCUGAGAUCCUCACUGGCAUCCCUGCAAUGGAUAACAACCGAAGCCCAGUUUACCUGAAGGAUUUACUCCUCAGUGAAAUUCCAAGCAGCAUCACCUCACUCUGCUCUGGGAAGAUGGAGGUGGAGAAAGUGAUGGCCAAGGAGAUCUGCCAGAAAUAUCUGGAGAAGAGAGCUGGGAGGCUGCCGGAGGACUGCGCCGAGGCCUUGGCCACGGCCGCCUGCCUCUGCCUGCGGAGGCGGAACGCCAGCUUGGUGGAGGUGUGUGGCUCUGUGGCCAUUGUGGAAGAGUGGCUCAGAGGUCAAGAGACGUCGCUUCCUUGGAGUGGGCUUUCCGAGGGCACAGGCUCUUCCUCCAACACUCCAGAAGAAACGGAUGAUGUGGACAAUUCCAGCCUCUAUGUUUCUUCCUCCGUGAGGGCAGCACCCUGGUGUGGGGCUGCUGCUUCGCCUGCUCCCACAGAGGAUAAAGGCAGGAUGCAGGCUGAUUCCUCCUCUGAGGCCUGCGCCAGUCCAGAGCCUCCCCAGGAUGAGACUUCGUGGAAAAUUGAAAUUAAUGAGGCCAAAAGGAAACUGAUGGAGAAUAUCCUGCUCUACAAAGAGGAGAAACUAGACAGCGUUGAGCUUUUUGGCCCCUGAUGACCAAAACACAGCUGAGGACCCUUGUCCUCAAUUGGAAAGACAACUGUCAAAUCAAGAAAAAGUCUGAGGUAGAAUCCAAGAUCUCCCAGGAAACACAAGCCAAACAUCAGCUUUCCUGAGGGGGUGAGAAGAGAAACUUAUAUAUUCCAGAGUAAGUCAAGGGAGAAGAGACUUCAGCUUUUAGAGACACCAAAAUCCAUGAAGUUCUCUUCUUUUCUGGGAUUUGUUAGUCAUAGCUGGGUAUCACAAGACUGAAGCAGAAACCCUGGUACACAGGCCCAGGAUGUGGGCAAUUUCGUGGUUCCGGGGAGAGUGACGUUAACCACCCCAACAGAUGUCAUUGCCCUGUUCUCACCCCUCUACAAGUGACAGCAUUCUGAACACCAAAGUUAAGAUCUCUGGGUCAUAUUUGCCAACUGCCUGCAAGCUUCCAUGACCUGAAAGAUUUUCACCUUGUGUCCCAGUGUAGUUCUUGACUCACUUCUCAAGGUCUCAAGUUUUAUAAUGCCAGACACUGGCAAAAAGACUGUAGGUUUUCUGUUUUCUCUAUCGGAAAUCUUGCAACCCACAGAUAUUUAUUUAUACCUUUAUCCUCCCAUCCCACUAAUGCUAUUAUUUUUAAUGGAGCUUUUAUUUUGAGAAUAUGCAUUAUUUAUGGCUGGAUGAAGAAUCAGGAGAACUGGUUUUACUUCUGAUUCUGCUGCUAAUUCAGUCAGUCAUUUAAUUUUUGGAACCUCAGUUUCCUUGUAAGUAACACCUGUUCAUUCUCCCUCUCUGGGCUGUUGAGAAUAGGUGAGACAUGGUUACAGAAGUACUGUAUUUUGAAAGUACACUUGUCCUGUUAUAAUAAAUUAAAUGGAUGUUAAACAUAUAUUUCUGCUAUGUACCUAAUGUUUAUGCAGUGGGUAUAUCUCUGAAAAGUCAUAUUGCAGAUCUUUUUGUGAAACAUGCUAUUUUAAAUUUUGUGCCCUAUUUUAAAUAAUUGUACUAUAGUGAUUUUUUCUUUUUUGUAA